AUGGCGGUCAAGAUGCCAUCUCACACCUCCAUAACGCGCCUCCUCUCCCCGCUCGUCAAUUCCUUUCGCACAGUCUCCCUCAACCCUUCAGCCUCCCUCGCCAAACCCUCGACCAUCCGAUCAUUCAGCACAUCAUCCACACAUCUUGCACCCCCGAACAAAAAUGCAAAACAAGCCGAUCCCCGCAUAUCCCUUAUUAGAUACCACAUGCAGCAUCCAAAGACGCCGCGGCCCCUGAAGCUGAGUCGGAUGCGCGCGCUGAGGCAUUGGACGAUUCAUCGGGCUUGGAUGCUGGCGAGGAGGAAGAGGAAGGAGGCGGAGGAGAAUGAACUGCAGAGGAUGUACCAAUCUAUGCAUUCUGCUUGCGAGGAGUUACGGUUGAUGGAUCCGCCUGGGUCGAAGGAUGCGGGGAGGCUCUACAGGAUUGCUAUGGAGAAGAAGGGUAUCUUCGGGCAUGGGGGAGUGCCGAUUGAGUAUGCGAGGGCCCAAACCGAUACGCCAGCGAAAGAGCCGUGGAACCAUGAAUGGACGAGAUAG